AUGGCUCAAGCUGCGAAACUUGGUACCCUUACCGAUGACCUGAUCAAUGCCAUCGCUGCAUCAACUCCUCGUAAAGAUGCUCGUCAAUUCAGACAUUCCAAGGAUUCUGCCCUCAGAACUUUCAAAUCACAACAGCACGUUCGUGUCAAUCAAUUCGAGAUUGACGCCCGUCUUGAAGGCUUGCUCGAAAAGUUCCAUGUUCUCAACAAUGAGCCACUGGCCGACGCUUUGAAACCCCGUCUUGAUGAACUGGCUGCUAUACCCAACAAAUGGAGACCUGAAACAUUGGCUCUUCUGCUAGCUCUCUCAGACCGCCCAGCCGAGAAGACGGACAUCAAUAAAGCACUGGAAGUAAUCCCUGAUGAGCCAGUCGAACAGCUGACAUGGGCUGACAUUAUCGCCGACGACCCAUUGACCGAGGAGGGCAUCUGGGACGACGUCGACAUCGAGUCAGACUACUCCGAACAUUGUGCACCGAGUCUUAGCGAUGAGUCCGUUGGAGAGCCUACUACAUCGACUCACUCCUCAUCUCUUGACGCGCAAGAUGUUGUUUCGUUUGCCCGUGCUUUCGUUGUGCCCAAGGAUUCCCAGGCUCUGAACAAGGUCAAAGAUUUGCGUGAUCGUAUGACAGGCAUGCAUUCGGACUCGGAAGUCACUGAGCUGCAAGCCGCUCGUCAGGUACUGGCGAUGCUUCAUGGAACGCCAACAGAUUUGUUCAGCCAUGGCAGUAGCGACCGCAUCCGAGCAAAAUACUCGUGUCGUAUACAAAACGUCGCACCAUCAACAUCAGAUCGUGUUUUACAAGAGUUUGCAUUGCUCGGCUCUCAGAUCAUGAUUGUACGACAGUUCGUCGCAUCAAGUCAGCAAAGUGUGGUAUUGCAAAGCUUCCAAGCUGCAGUUCAAGCUCGUCUGCAUGAACUGGGAAAAGUGCUCUCAAAAAUCGAGCAAGGCUUUCUCCAACCACACAACUCAGCAGUUGUCAGCCUAAUAAGCAUGCACGCUGAGAUCGAUCGAACAUCAGCGCCACUCGUUCAUCUCGCUAGUUUGAUACCAGACAACUCUCUCAGGCACAACGUCCAGGCAUUGCAACUGCUCAACAGGCUUUUUGAGCAAGCUUGUAGCCUCCAGCUCAUUGGCGAAGAUGACGAAAGCGCAAGCGUCUCUCGUCUUUUGUUAGAUUGCUUGAGCCCAUAUCUUCGUCCUGUCAAGCUAUGGAUGAUCGAUGGCAAGCUGAUUGCUUCAAACGAACUGUUCUUCGUGCGAUCCGAUGACCAGCACUCUGAUCGUGGGUCUAUCUGGCAUUCGCGUUACACGCUCUUGAAAAAUGCCGACGGUUCCAUAUUCGCUCCCAGCUUCAUGCAAAGCAUAACAGAGAGGAUCUUUAGAGCUGGCAAGAGUGUCAUGUUCCUCGAAGCUCUUGGCCGUAAGCCUGAUGUGUCUGAACGCAGCGCACGAAGUUUGACAAUCUCCCAAAUCAUGCAGUCCAUAGACAAUACCCUAUUACCAUUCUCGGAGGUUUUCACGAUCGCCUUGACGCAAUGGGCUGACGCCUUGGAAGGAUCAGAGAUCACAACACUGCGCAAGGUUCUAGUGUCGCAAUGUGGUCUGCAAACAGCCAUCGAAGCGAUCAACCACCUGUACUUCGCUGCCAACGGCGCAUGUUUCCAGGAUUUUGCUUACGCUGUCUUCCAACGCAUGGAUCGAGGCAAUGGCUGGGAUGACCGGUUCCUGCUAACAGAGUUAGCUCAAACAGCGUUCAAGGCUAUUAGAGCCGUGGACUCCGACCAUAUCACGGUUCGAGUUAAGCCGCGCAGUGACCACGGCCAUGGUGCACAUCAGCGGCGACCAGACGUGAUGGGUCGAAUCAUCCUCGAUUAUUCUAUCACCUGGGCCUUACAAAAUGUUCUAACGAGAGCUACGCUGGCAGCUUGCCAAGAAGCACUCACGAUUUUGCUAAGGUUGUAUCGGGCUCAAUAUCUGCUGAAUCAACAAGAGUGGACACUCAACAUCAUAAGUGAUCGUUCGAAUGAACGUAGAGUCAAAGAACUUAUGGCCCUGCGACAGCGUUUAUCAUGGUUCGCGACAACUUUCAGAGGUUAUGUCUGUGAGAUGCUCUCAGUUGUCAUGAAGCAACUCAACACCGAUCUCGAAGCUACGGCAGACGUGGAUGGUAUGGUCGCGGCAUUUGACACGUUCCAGUCCAACUUGAUCAGUAAGUUGCUCCUGCACGAAGAUCUGGCGCCUAUCCGAGGGUCUUUACUUGCAAUGUUCGAUCUCUACGAGGACCUGGCUCUUGAAUGGCGAGAUGCAGUCAAGCAGGUCAGCAACCACACAUCUCGACCUACACCCCGACAACUCGUCAUACAGCAAAACUACUCUGCUCGCCGCAGCAGACCCGAGAUCGACGAUACAGCAGACCUCUCGGAAGGUGAGGAAGAAGCGAACUCUGGACAGUAUGAUCAAAGGUCCGUCUUAAGUGUCCCCAGCCUUUCCAAAGAGUACAACCGGCAGCUCUCCUUCUUGCUAGCCGGACUACGCAGUGUGAGCAGGAUAGAGGGCGAGCCAGCAUGGAUCAUGCUAUCUGAGAGACUGCAAUGGGGUAUUACAGCAACAGAAAGACGAUAG